CUCUUUGUUGCAGCGUGAGAUUCCUCUGAACAAAACAGACCAAAAGACAAUUUCAACAAAAGAUGUGAACGAGGACAAGUCUCUGUAUAAAAGGCAGCUGCAGGGCCAGGUGAGCAGGCGGAGAAUCUGCACAGAUGUUCAGUGAAAACAUGUCGGCAGUGAGAGGCUGCGCUGUGCUGCUGCUUCUGGCCGUCGCCGUUUCAGUCCCGCCUGCAGAGGGCAAACCGUCGAGGAUCAUCGGGGGGCAGGAGGUGGUGCCGUACUCUGUCAAAUACCAGGCCUCCCUGCAGUAUAAAGGGAGUCAUUACUGCGGGGGGACGUUGGUUCACCCCGAGUGGGUGGUGUCGGCCGCCCACUGCUGGAGGCCGAGCGGGCUGAUCCAGGUCGUCCUGAGCGAACACAACCUGAACGCAGUGGAAGGGUUUGAGCAGGUUUUUAACGUCUCGCAGAUUCAUCUCCACGGAUUCAACUACCGGACGUUCGACAACGACAUCAUGCUGCUCAAGCUGAGCCGGCAGGCGGUGCUGAACUCCUACGUCCAGCCGACGGUGCUGGCGGACCCCUCGGACCCCUCGGGCAGCUCGUGCACGGUGAGCGGCUGGGGGGUGACGCAGAUCUACAGCUACUCCCUGUCUCCGGUGCUGCGCUCUGUGGACGUGCAGAUGAUCAAUUACUGCAGAUAUUACUACUGGGGGAGGAUCAGCGACAACAUGCUGUGUGCCGGCUCCCCCUACGGCGGGAAGGACUCCUGCCAGGGGGACUCCGGGGGGCCUCUGAUCUGUGACGGGCAGCUGGAGGGCAUUGUGUCCUGGGGAAUCAGCUGCGCUAACCCCUACUUCCCCGGGGUCUACACCAAAGUGAGGAACUACGUGGGCUGGAUCCAGAGGGUCAUCGCUACGUUCUCUCCAUGAAGACACGCUGCACACACCAUGCUACACACACCAUGCUACACACACCAUGCUGCACACACCAUGCUACACACACCAUGCUACACA